AUGUUUAUAAUUUUAUUAUUCUAGACUAUUUAUUCAUUGGGGCCAGACAAUUUUUUAUGUGGAUUGAGACUCUAUUAUGCCCAAGAAUCAUAUUUCUUACUUGACUAACAGAAUGAGAAGUAAAUUGUAUUUAUUAUACUUGAGUACUAUGCCAUACAUCCUUACAAGCAAAUCUCCUCAUUUUGCAUUGGAUGUUUAAUAGAACUAUUAAUAAGCACAUGGGAUGAACAAUAAUUCAUAUUUUCUCAUUAAUUUCCCCGAUGCCUAUAUAUUUGCAGGAAAUGCUAGUGAUCUAUAAUGGCUGUAAAUUUAGGAAUUCAAGGUACAACAAAAUUAAACUAAAGCUGACGUUCUAAUCUAUAAUGAUUAUUAUGGUUAUUAUGUAGAUAAAGCAAAUCAAGGUGGUCAUUUGUUAAUUUCUAAACAAAAUCUGAUUAGAGAAUUUACAUUUGGUAAAACGGAUGCAGUUGAUAAAUACCUCAAACCUGGGUUUAUAUAUAUUAUUACUUGGUCAUCAUAGGGGGAUGUUGGUAUGAUAUUCAGAAGGUUUAUUUAAUUCAUUACUUAAUCAGAAGGCAUUAAUUAUUGCGAAUUAAAGACUAUAACGAAUUCUUUAGAUUAAAUAAAAUGUAAUUUGGAUGUUAAUUUUGAUCAAUUAACUUUCCAUACUCCGGAUCUCUAUCAUCCACCAAUACAUUAUUAUUUGGCAAAUCAGACCAUCAAUGGUUCUCUUACAAAUCAAUACUUUACAAAAAAUUACCCAGGAUUAUAAGUUUUUGUUGCUUAGAAUUUAAGCGAUACAUUAGAAAUUAGGUUGCCUAUUAAAAACAUGGAAACUCAUUAAAAUGCAGUUGAAUCCCCUCUAAGUGGGUUAAUCAUUACGAUUUAAUAAGAAAACAGAGGAUUUAUACAUAUAUUAAUUUUUGAAAGUGACGAGGGAAUCAUCAUCAAUUAUAAAGAAGAUGAAAAUUUGGCUUAUGUCACUAUAGGAAAGACAGAUUCAAAAGUUUUUGUGUUUUCUUUUGUUACCUCUUCUUUUACAAAAUUUCCUUAAAUAGAAUUAAUAUAACAUGUAUUUCAAGAUUGCGUUACGAUAAUUUAAUAGCGUAAUAAUAUUUGCGAGAAACCAAAUAAAGAAUGUUAAAGUCUUUCAUAUGAUUAUUUUCAUUAAUUUGAUUUUAAUUUAAAUUUUGAUUAAUAAGUAACGUUUAAAAUCAAUGGAGAAUCAUCUUAGGCUCCUUACAUAGAAUUGUUUGAUGACUUAAGUACAAUUUAAAACGAAUUUACUAAUUUUAUAUCAUCAACAAUAAACAAUAGAGAGAUGAAUCAUGGGGGAUAUAUUGGGUCAUUUUUGAGAAUUACUAAUAAAAAUUAAAGCAUCAAUUCCUUAAUAAUCAAUGAAUAGAAUGAACAAUUAGAGGUGUAUUAUAAUAUAAAUGAUAACAUAUGUAUGUAAUUUCAUGUUAUUCAUAGACUCCCAUUCAGUUUAAAAUAUUAUUGGAAGAUCUUAUGUUUUAGUAUUUGUAUCAUAAAAUGAAUUAACAGACAUGGAAUGUCUAUAGAUUUUUAGAGAAUUCAUUCAUCAUAUUCAAAAAAUCUUCAUAAUUGAAUAAUGUAAGCAAUGAUAAAUUAAUGAUAGUGGAAUAAAGAUGCGAAAGUAAUAUCAAAAAUUUUGAUGUGAAACCUAUUCAGUAUAAAGAUAUUCACAAAUUAGUAAAGUAAGCAACUGAACUGCUUUAGAAAUCUCACUAAUAGGAUUAUGAUUAGUAAAAUGAUUUUGAAUAUUCAACUAAUGAGGAUCCAGACGAAGAUUUGGAAUAUUUGGAUGAAGAUGAACAAAUGUAUAUGAUGGAUUAUGAAAAUUAAGCCUAAUUUAUGCCUGAUAAUUAAGAAUAAAAUAUGCAUUAAAAUUCAGCUUAAUUUAGGCCUCAAAACUAAGCUUAAUUUAUGCCUCAAAAUUAAGGUUAAUUUAUGCCUCAAAGUCAAAAUUAAUUUAUGCCUCAAGAUUAAGUCUAAUUUAUGCCCCAAAAUUAAGACUAGUUUCUUCCUAAUGAAGAUCCCUCUAUGGAAAUGUCUUAAGAGUAAUUUAUGGAAUAUUAACGAAUGUUGGACAUGGAGUAAUAACAGCAAUUCUAAGAAUAGUAUUAAUAAGAAUAAUAACAACAAUAAUCUAGAAAAGUUGAGGAGAUUCAUUUCAACAACACUGGAAAUUAAAAAAAAUAAUAAUAAUAAAUCCAUAAAGUUGAAUAAAAAGUUUAAAAAAAAUAAUAAAACUAAAAAACUGUAUAAAAAAAAUAAAAUGUAAAACCAACUGAAAAGGUUCAAUAGAAUUUAAGAUAAAAUAAAUAAUAAAAAAAUUAGUCAUAGUAGUAAUAAUAAUAAUAAUAUUAAACCUAAUUGCCUUCUCAUAAUGAAGAUACAAAAUAUUAGCAAACGUUUCAUUAAAAAGAAGAGUAUUAAGAUAAAAAUGAUAGGUAUAGAAGAAGAGAUUAUAGAGAAAGAGGAGAUUACCCUGGAAGGAGAGAUGAAUAUUAUGGCAGAAGAGAAGAGUAUGGCAGAAGGGACGAUUAUGGCAGAAGAGAUGAUUAUGGAAGAUCAGAUGAUUAUUAUGGUAGAAGGGAUGAUUAUUAUGGAAGAAGAGAUGAUUAUUACGGGAAUGAUUAUUAUGAUAGGGAAGAUGGUAGAAGAGGGCCUGCAUUGACUGGUUAAACUAUACUUGUUCCUAAAAAUCCAAGCGAUUAAGAACUAGGCAGAUUCUUUAGAGAAGUAAUAGGGAGAUUAUAAAACAAAGGCAAAAAUUGA